AUGGGAAAGGUUGGGUUUUCGCACGAGUUCCGAUCGAUUGAAGCCGGAAAGGAACACAAGAUGCUACACUUGUUAGAGAGCAUGUUUGGAGAGAUUGGACAAAUGGGAGAAUUGACGUGGCUACUUAGCAUUGCCCAGAAUCUGAAGCUGAGCAAGACAGCCGCCGAGUUUGACCAGUUGACAAUGUUGAUGGCUGAUAGGAGGGCCGCGGCGGAAGACAACAACAAGGGCGACAUCCUGCAGCACUUCCUGGACGACAUGAGAUCCGAAAAGCCAAUUGCCUUUACCAACAAAAACAUCUUGUACUCGGACGCGGCUUUGGUCCUGACCGGAGCGACUGAUACCAUCGGUGCCGUCCUCGCCCACCUGUUCUACCAGCUCGCCAACCACCCCCACUACCAAGACCUCCUCCACGUCCAACUUCAAAAGGCCUACGGCAAAACCAUCCCAGACGAAUUCACCAACCAAAACCUCUCCAAAAUCCCCCUCCUCGACGCCCUCAUCAACGAAACAAUGCGUGUCGACAACCCGAUCGCCAGCAACGACCCCAGACGGACACCCCCCGAAGGCAUCACGGUCGAUGGCGUCCACAUCCCCGGGGGCGUGGCGGUCCAGGUCCCGGCGUACGCCCUCCACCGCAGCGAACAAUUCUACGCCGAGCCAGCUCAGUUUGGGCCGGAAAGGCGGCUGGACGACAACAAAGAGUAUGUCAAAAAUGCCGAGGCGUUCAUACCCUUUAUUGUCGGUCCGAAUAACUGUGUCGGCAAGAGGAUGACCAUGAGCGUACUUCAGCUUGUGAUGGGCCUUUUUCAUGUUGAAUUUUGA